ACAGUUGCCAUUGAUUAAUAGACCAGUCAGCACGUGCUUUUGCCGCCUCAACAGCAUUCAAAUUCUGCUUCCCUCUUGUUCGCUACAUUCUUUACUGGGAGCUGAAAUUCGUGACGAUAUCAAUUUGGCUUUUUUUCAUCCGUCCAUGCCAUGCGCGAUAAAAUAUCACAACUAUUUUGCUUGCAAAAAAACACAUGCAAGAAUAAUUCAGCAGAUAACAGAGGACAUAAUGUGCCAACCAAAGCAACGAGCAACGGGACAAUGUGUGCCAAUGGGACUGAGGGGCCCGAAGCGACAGAGACCGACUCAUCAGGGACCGGGCGGAUGCGGAAGCCGCUGGAGAGGCAUGGCUCAACGCAGAACGACACUGUUCACCUCGAGAGAAGGCUGGGCCUCUUCAGUGGGGUGGCUUUAAUUGUUGGAACUAUGAUAGGAUCUGGAAUAUUUGUGUCACCUUCUGGUUUACUGGUUCGCACCGGUUCCGUUGGAGUUAGCUUCAUAAUCUGGCUUGCCUGUGGUCUGCUCUCGUUGUUGGGAGCUCUGGCAUAUGCCGAACUUGGCACAAUGAAUACCUCAUCUGGUGCGGAAUGGGCCUACUUUAUGGACGCCUAUGGACCGGCACCGGCUUUUUUAUUCUCAUGGGUAUCGACAUUGGUGUUGAAGCCAUCUCAAAUGGCAAUAAUAUGCUUAUCAUUUGCACAAUACGCUGUUGAGGCCUUUGUGACAGAAUGUGAUCCGCCUAGAGGGGUUGUAAAGAUGGUUGCACUGGUGGCAAUUGUGAUGAUAUUGUUCGUGAAUUGCUACAGCGUCAAUUUGGGAAUGGCAGUGCAGAACGUAUUUACGGCGGCUAAAUUAGUUGCCGUUGUCAUUGUAAUAUGCGGUGGUGCUUGGAAGUUACUACAGGGCAACACCCAGCAUUUGUCACAUGCAUUUGAUGGGCCAAUGCCAAAUAUUGGCGCAAUCGCAACCGCAUUUUACACUGGCCUUUGGGCAUACGAUGGUUGGAACAACCUCAACUAUGUUACCGAGGAGAUAAAGAAUCCAAGCAAAAACUUGCCGCGAUCUAUCAUGAUUGGCAUACCACUGGUUACUUUGUGUUACGCGCUGAUCAACAUAUCCUACCUAGCAGCCAUGUCAGCGCAAGAAAUGAUCGAAUCCGAGGCGGUCGCUGUCACCUUUGGCAAUCGCAUUUUAGGCGCCCUUGCUUGGCUAAUGCCACUUAGUGUCACUGUUAGCACAUUUGGUAGUGCUAAUGGUACACUUUUUGCCGCAGGACGUCUUUGCUUUGCAGCCAGUCGAGAGGGACAUCUACUAGACAUUUUAUCAUACGUACAUGUACGACGUUUAACUCCUGCUCCUGGUCUUAUAUUCCAUUCGUUAAUUGCCUCAGCCAUGGUGCUGCAUGGCACGAUUGAUUCGCUGAUUGACUUCUUCAGCUUCACAGCAUGGAUAUUUUAUGGCGGCGCCAUGUUGGCACUUAUAGUGAUGCGCUACACCAAACCAAAUCAUCCACGGCCUUACAAAGUGCCCAUUGUCAUUCCUGUUGUGGUCUUGAUUAUAUCUGUCUACCUUGUUGCAGCGCCAAUUUUCCAGACCCCUCGCAUAGAAUAUUUAUAUGCGUUGCUCUUCAUCUUCGCGGGCCUAAUAUUUUACGUACCUUUCGUUAAACUAGGAAUGACCCCGCGCUUUAUGAAUAAGGUGACACUGUUCUUUCAGUUACUACUGGAAGUUGUACCAACCUCAUCAAUGGCCAUGUUUGAGUAACUCCCUCCCAUGUGCUCAAUAUGUAAAAUAUUGCAAACAAGUGCUUUGGAUGGAGGCAAAAACAGAAUAUUUAUAAUACAAAAAGCAAAGCAAACAUUCACAGAUACCUAACUUAAAUUUCAAAAAUAUAUGUAUAUGUAGUCGUUGAUAGACAGCUAUUCCAAUUAUUUGGCGGACAUAAUUAAACAAUCUCUAUUUUGUGCCACAAUGUAUGUAUUCAUUAUGUAUACCUGCACGUCGGUAUACAACGAGAUGUAAUGAAUAUUAACUAGAAAAGGGCACAAGAAAUGAUAAAUUUUUGCAUUUUUGUAAACAAUGUUAUUUUGAUGAAAAGUUUUUAUUAUCAAAACAAGUAAGAGGCUCCUGUCGGAAAUUCUCGACCAGGGGAUCCCCUGAAUCCUCUUUUACCAACACAAAAUGCAGCUCGUGCUACGCGCUUGUUUGCUUUAGAAGCAAUAAAAUAAAAUUCCUUCGCCUUUACUCAACAGCAACACCAACAAUUGACUCUUAU